UGAAUUGAACAGCGCCGGUUCAGUCGAGCCGAGACCGCGCUAGCGUUGCUGCAUAAUGCAUUUACUAAUCACCAUGGCAAUAUUGGGGGCAGCAUCAGCCCUGCCUUCAUACAUAGCAGUGCCAGCAGAUCAAAUAGCCUUCGUUGACCUAACAGCGCUGCGGGCGAGGCGGGUCCCCAGACAGACUUUGGAGCCCCCACUGCCACAGGCUCUAUACAAUGAUGACUAUCAACCAAUACCCUUGGAGCAAUACAACCAGCCUACCGUAGCACUUGCCCCGCCACCCUUACCAGAAGCACCUGCUAGGAUUCAAGCACAAGACAACAGUCCAGCCGCCCUCGGCGCCGUAUCUCAAUAUGCGGAACGACCCUCAGACUUUGGAGAAUAUGUAGACUUCGGGGCACAUACCGGAGACAAUGGAGCCUUUGGGUGGUACGCUGACUACCCACUCAGCAAUGGACAAAAGAAUUAGAAGCAUUUAAAUCAAUCUUGCCACUACGGCAUGUUACCAAAGACCGAUUUGUGAUGAGUGCUGUUAAUUAAUUUAUAUUUGUAAGCAGAAUUACCGCACAUUUGUUUUAGACGGUUAAUUCCGCUGUGCACUCUUGGUAGAAGAAAUAUUUUUAUCGUAGUUCAAAUUAAAGUUCCUGAAGUAUUUUUAGGUUUAAACAAAGUACACUGUGAUAUGCGCCUGGUAGUUCAUUCUUUUUCGAAUUUCUUUCUAUUCACUACCUAUUCACACUUGCCUGCCUUCUACUCACUAUCAACACUUGCUUUCAAUUUCACUACAUUUUUAAAUAAAUAUUGCACGUCGUUGCGUAAUAACCAGUAUCUACUGUGUAAUGUGUAUACCUGUCACACAUUUUCUUUUUUCACAUACAAAAUUCGUCACCUACCUAUCUCACAAUUCUCGAAACUUAAAAUAAUUUUAACACCACACUGCAUACCUACUAUAAUCUUUUUAAACUUCUUUUCGCUUACCACUUAUUUUCUAUCUCUUUGCCUUUACUUUAUUAUCUUUCUUACACUACUAUCGUUUGCCAUUUCUUCGACGUUAUUACACCCGCUCUAUUAUUUACUUACUAUCAUAUUGGCA